AUGAUCGAACCCACAUCACUGCUUUUCGACAAUCCACCUGAACUAGUGGCGCCAAAUUUAAACGAGAUUGCUCUAGACGAGGCUCUCGACAUGUUAGAUCCCUUGCGACAUCUCAGGACAGAUGCCAGCGACUUCGCUCGAGAUCACGAAGACAUUCAGGCUGCUGUUGUACCUUCGCAGCCUCGAUCUAUCCUCGGCGAGACGAUCCAAUUAUCGUUUCCUGUGGGCUCUCCGCUUGUGUCAAUAUCACUCAAGGUUGAUGCAUCUCAUGGCUGUGGUGGCAUUGCUUGGCCAGCUGGUGAGGUCCUAUCAAAUUACAUCGCAUUUCGAGGCAAUGGAUAUCUUGAUGGCAAGAAGAUUGUCGAACUCGGGAGUGGAACGGGACUGGUUGGUCUUGUAGCAGGCGCACUCGGUGGUACAGUCUGGAUCACCGAUCAAGCCCCAAUGCUGGAUAUCAUGCAACAAAACGUGACGUUGAACAAUCUGCAGUCCUGUGUCUCUGUACGCGAACUUAAUUGGGGAGAGACGCUGCUCUCGGACAUGCCUCCUCCUGAACUGAUCCUCGCAGCAGAUUGUGUUUACUUCGAGCCUGCUUUUCCUCUUUUGGUCCAGACCUUAUCAGAGAUGGCCGUCAGUGGCAGUACAGAAAUCUUGUUCUGUUACAAAAAGAGACGUAAGGCAGACAAACGAUUUUUUACAAUGUUAAAAAAGAAAUUCGCUUGGGAAGAGGUGAUGGACGACCCAAAUCGCGAAAUAUACAAUCGCGAAGCCAUCUCGCUCCUGACUCUAUCAAAGCGGCCAUGA